AUGCGGAGAACAGGGCACAUCACCGGGGAACAAGGGAGAUGCCCGGCACACCACCAGGGCACAAUGCGGAGAACAGGGCACACCACCGGGGCACAAUGCGGAGAACAGUGUACACCACCGGGGCACAAUGCGGAGAACAAGGCACACCACCGGGGCACAAUGCGGAGAACAGGGCACAUCACCGGGGAACAAUGCGGAGAACAGGGCACACAACCGGGGAACAAUGGAGAUGCCCGGCACACCACCGGGGCACAAUGCAGAGAACAGGGCACACCACCGGGGCACAAUGCGGAAAACAUGGCACACCACCGGGGCAAAAUGAAGAUGACCGGCACACCUCCGGGGCACAAUGCGGAGAUCAGGGUACACCACCGGGGCAAAAUGAAGAUGACCGGCACACCACCGGGGCACCACGCGGAGAACAAGGCACACCACCGGGGCACAAUGCGGAGAACAGGGCACACCACCGGGGCACAAUGGAGAUGCCCGGCACACCACCGGGGCACAAUGCGGAGAACAAGGCACACCACCGGGGCACAAUGCGGAGGACAGGGCACACCAUCAGGGCACAAUGGAGAUGCCCAGCACACCACCGGGGCACUUUGCGGAGAACAGGGCACACCACCGGGGCACAAUGGAGAUGCCCGGCACACCUCCGGGGCACAAUGCGGAGAACAGGGCACACCACCUGGGCACAAUGCGGAGAAUGGGGCACACCACCGGGGCACAAUGGAGAUGCCCGGCACACCACCGGGGCACAAUGAAGAUGACCGGCACACCACCGGGGCACAAUGGAGAUGCCCGGCACACCACCGGGGCACAAUGGAGAUGCCCGGCACACCUCCGGGGAACAAUGGAGAUGCCCGCACACCACCGGGACACAAUGCGGAGAACAGGGCACACCACCGGAGCACAAUGGAGAUGCCCGGCACACCACCGGGGCACAAUGGAGAUGCCCGCACACCAUGGGGACACAAUGCGGAGAACAGGGCACACCACCGGGGCACAAUGCGGAGAACAGGGCACACCACCGGGGCACAAUGCGGAGAACAGGGCACACAACCGGGGCACAAUGGAGAUGCCCGGCACACCACCGGGGCACAAUGCGGAGAACAGGGCACACCACCGGGGCACAAUGGAGAUGCCCGGCACACCACCGGGGCACAAUGGAGGGGCCCGGCACACCACCGGGGCACAAUGCGGAGAACAGGGCACACCACCGGGGCACAAUGCGGAGAACAGGGCACACCACCGGGGCACAAUGGAGAUGCCCGGCACACCACCGGGGCACAAUGGAGAUGCCCGGCACACCAUCGGGGCACAAUGCGGAGAACAGGGCACACCACUGGGGCACAAUAG